UUCUGAUUGGUCUGGAGGCCUGUCAUUCAGCUGAGGGAAAGUGACGCAGCCAACAGGAGGCAGCAGUGAACGGCUCAGAGAUGAACUCCUUGGAGCAGGCCGAAGACCUGAAGGCCUUUGAGAGAAGACUGACAGAAUAUGUGUCCUGUUUACAACCUGCAACAGGCAGGUGGCGAAUGAUCCUGAUCGUUGUUUCCGUUUGUACGGCCACUGGAGCGUGGAACUGGCUAAUAGACCCUGACACGCAGAAGGUCUCCUUCUUAUCAUCACUAUGGAAUCAUCCCUUCUUCACCAUCAGCUGCGUCACUCUGAUAGCUCUCUUCUUUGCUGGGAUACACAAACGAGUCGUAGCACCUUCGAUAAUCGCUGCCCGCUGCCGCACAGUUUUAGCGGAAUACAACAUGUCCUGUGAUGACACGGGGAAACUCAUCCUGAAACCACGACCGCAUAUCCAGUGACUUCUGAUCUCAUCUGCUGGUGUCCGGUCGAGUUUUGCUUUCGAACGAGCCGGCAGCUCUCCGGUCCAUCAGGUGGUCCAAGCGGCACUGAGGAGGAUUUUGUCACCGUGAUAAAAAUGGUUUUGGAACAAAGAAAUGAACUGAAAGCCUUUUUAAAUACUGUCUCUGAGUUGAUGUGCUUGUUGAGGCUGCUGAUCCACUCAUCUUUCGUAUAUUUUAUGCAUUCAAGUGAGUGCAGAUGUGUUUAUUUCCUUUCAUGACUUUAAAUGUAUUUUAUCUAAAUGCUCUAUUUUUUAAAUGUAUUUACCUUAAUAAACACAACAGGUGUGAAAUGUUC